AUGCGACGCAUGGUACAAGUUCGAAAAACGCUGUUGGAACAAGCAAGUAGCAGCUCUAUCUCGGUACAAGCAUCGCGGCUCGUGAGCAUGCUUGAAGAUAUAUCCGCCCAAUGGGAUGUUUUCACAGCCUUGCACCGAGAGUAUGCAUCUUCUUUGACUUUGCAAGAAACGGAGAAGGACGAAAGCAUGCGAGCAUUAGCCGAAGAAGAAUGUGUCAUGCUUUUCGAGCAGAUGGAGGAAAUGCGCGACACUUUUCGUGUCGCUCUGCUGAAGGAUUACUCGUCUUUCGCGCGCCUGGCCCGCGAACAGAUCCUCUCCGCAAAACCAGGCGAAGAGCCCGAUUCUUCGAAAUCUGCUUCCCUUGCAGAUGCAGCCGGCACUUCGAAGCCCAGGGCAGUCAUCAUGGAAUUCCGACCAGGGGUCGGCGGUCAGGAAUCUGGGCUGUUCACGUCGCAGGUGGUGCGGAUGUAUCGCAAAUUUGCUGAAAACGUCGGCUGGGAAGUUGAGGAGCUUAGCUUAAUUCCCAUGGAGGUGAAUGCGUCGACCGGCGGAGGAGAUGGCGUGAAAGAAGCCAUCAUCCAGAUCUCGGCUCGCGGUGGACGCGAGGAUGCGGAAAUCUAUGACAGGCUCAAAUGGGAGGCUGGUGUGCAUCGCGUUCAGCGAAUCCCAACCACGCAAUCGCUUGGAAAACUGCAGACUAGCACGAUGGCCAUCGUCGUCCUUCCCUCUGAUACGGACGACGGUGGCAGCGAGCAACAGAAGGCCGAUGACGUGGUUGAUCCCAAAGAUGUCAAGACCGAAGUCAUGCGUUCGCGCGGGGCAGGCGGGCAGCACGUCAACAAAACCGAAUCCGCGAUCCGCCUGACGCAUCUGCCGAGCGGGAUCACCGUAUCGAUGCAGGAUAGCCGGUCGCAGCACCAGAACCGCACAAAGGCAUGGGCGAUCUUGCGCGCGCGGCUUCUCGACGCUAAGCUGCGCGAGGAGAUGGCUGCCAAUCGCGCGGUGCGAAAGGACCAAGUCGCAUCGAUGGAGCGCAGCGACCGGGUGCGCACGUUCAACUUUCCACAAGACCGUGUGACAGAUCAUCGUCUCGGUCUGUCACUCAGCGGUAUUGAUUCUAUCAUAGAAGGCGACUUUGACGGCGAGUGGUCCGACGGGCUUGGGAGGCUCAUGCAAGGGCUCGCCCUCCAGGACGAGGAGAACCGCAUCGCCGAGCUGCAGAGCCUUUGGCUCGAGGCUAGCACAAGAGUCGAUGUAGCAAGGAAAUAA